ACCUCCAUCCCACUUUGCAGUUGUUCUCACCGAUGCUAUGGGUCAGUACUACACCUCCAGAAAUCCUCCCCCGAACCAACCACAUCCCUAGCUGAGCAUAAAAAUGUCGGAAAUGGGCACUUCUAGAGUACUUGAAGAUUUGAGUACACCGAUUGCCACGGUUGAGCUUGAAUCGCUGGUGGUGUUGAACAUCAUCAAGCACUGCCGUGAGUCUUUCCCUAGUAUGGGAACAAUCGGUCAAUUGGUUGGUAUCGACAUUGACGGAGUUUUGCAAAUUAGCAACAGCUUUGCUUCCCCUGCCGUUCUCGACAAUGAGGAGUCUCCUGUCAGCAAGUCCGUCGCUGGAAAAAACCGCCAAGCUCACACGGAAAACAUGCUUGCUCGUCUUAAACAAAUUGGCGUUCCUAGCGGUCAUGCUGGUUGGUAUCAUGGUGCUUAUGUUGGCUCCUUUUUGAACAGCUCGUUUGUCGAGACACAAUUUGCCUACCAAAAGAGCAACCCCAACAGCAUCGCUCUCGUUUACGACUUGUCUCAGUCGACACAGGGUUCUUUGUUUCUUCACGCCUACCAACUCACGUCCGAGUUUAUGGCAGUGCACGCUGAGAAGACGUGGUCGGCCUCUUCGUUGACAAAGCACGAACUGAAGUCGUCGAAUAUUCUUCGUGAGAUCCCUAUCAUCGUUUAUAACUCUCACUUGGCUACUUGCAUGUUGCACUCGCUUAGUGAACCUGAAAUUCCCGAAACCACUUUCUCCACGCGGACGGAGGACGCUUUCCCUAAGCUUCCCCUUACGGAAACAUAUGCUGAUCUGGAGCUCACCUCGAACUCCUUCUACAAUAAGAACCUCUCGUUGUUGCUUGAGUCGAUUGAUGAGUUCCAUUAUGAGCAGGGAAACGUUGGAUUCCAUCAACGUCAAUAUGCUCGUGAGCAAACCAAGAUCCAACAAUGGAUCACUAAGAGAAAGGCCGAGAAUGCUACUCGUGCCGCCAACAACCAACCCUUGCUUGCUGAGGAUGAGUGGAAGCGUAUUUUCAAGGCUCCUACCGAGCCUCGUCUCUUGGAUUCUUUGUUGAUUACGGCACAAAUUGAGCAACACUGCAACCAAGUGCAAUCUCACAGUUCCACUUUCCUUUCAAAAAUGUUUGGUAUUCGUAAUGCUUAUUCUGCUUAGGGUUUAAUGGCAUUAGGUUGUUUCUGUACAUUGAGCCAAAUAAAAAGCGUUUGACAGCGGUUAAAUCCUGUGGGACUUUUUGCUGAGUUGAGGGGCAGAGUAGAGUGUUUUUCCGAGAGCGUUGCGAUGAUGCUAAGUAUUUUUUGCUAGAUAUCACAUGUCCUCAUUUCACCAUACAAUUUUACUCUUUCACUUUUGUGUAACUUGGGCAGUUUGAGCAACCUCAAAAAAGAACGCAUAAUUAUUAAUUUAAGUACAUAAAAAUGUCGAAUAAUUCUCUAUCACUUCAAUUCUUGCUUAAUUUCUGUAUAAUAAAUUAAGCUUUUCGUAAGCGUUUGUUUAGCU